AUGAACAGCAUGAACACCUACAUGACCAUGAACACCAUGACGACGAGUGGCAACAUGACCUCCAGCUCUUUCAACAUGUCCUACGCCAACACGGGGCUGGGGGCUGGGCUGAGCCCCGGCGCCGUGGCCGGCAUGCCGGCGGGCUCGGCGGGGCCGGUGAACGGCAUGCCUGCCGGUGUGGCCGCCAUGGGUACGGCGCUGAGCCCCGGCGGCAUCAAUGCCAUGUCGGGCCAGCCGGCCCCCAUGAACGGGCUGAGCCCCUACGGCGGCAUGAACCCCUGCAUGAGCCCCAUGGCCUACACCCAGUCCAACCUCGGCAGGACGCGGGACGCCAAGACCUUUAAGCGGAGCUACCCCCACGCCAAGCCACCCUACUCCUACAUCUCCCUCAUCACCAUGGCUAUCCAGCAGGCACCCAGCAAGAUGCUGACGCUAAGCGAGAUCUACCAGUGGAUCAUGGACCUUUUCCCCUACUACCGGCACCGCCGGCAAAAGCGCUUCAAGUGUGAGAAGCCGGCGAACAGCAAAGCCCCUCAGGAGGGCAGGAAAGAUCAGGCCGGGGCCUCCAGUUCCAGCUCCAACUCCCCUCUGCACAGAGGCCACAAUAAACCCACACAGCUGGACACCACCACCUCCCUCUCCAGCUCCAACCCGUCCACCAGCCCCCAGUCUAUGGACCACAGCGGAUCGAGCACGGAGCUAAAGACCUCGGCCUCGGUCGCCUCCUCCACCAUCAGCUCCGUCCCCGCCUUGGCAUCCGUCCCGCACCCCCCUCACUCCUUGGCCCACGAACCCCAGCUCCACCUCAAAGGCGAUCCCCACUACUCUUUCAACCACCCCUUUUCCAUCAACAACCUCAUGUCCUCCUCGGAGCAGCAGCACAAGCUGGACUUCAAAGCCUACGAGCAGGCGCUGCAAUAUUCCUCCUACGGGGCCGGCAUCCCCGGCGGGGCCACCUCCAUGGCGGGCCGGAGCAGCAUCGAGCCCUCGGCCCUAGAGCCCUCGUACUACCAAGGUGUGUAUUCCAGACCCGUGCUAAACACCUCCUAG